ACACCACACCAAUUGUCCGUUAUGCUUGUCAAAAACAGAAAAAAACGGUUCGUGGGCAUUGCUAUGGCUUAUCUGGGCGUGAAGCGCGGCGAGCUGGCGCUGUUCGACGCCGAGGGGCGUCCAGUCUCUCCACCAACGAUACAAGGCGGCAAUAGUCAUGUACAGGUAUUGCGUGGAGGAUUGCGCGCGGAGCUCCAGCCACUGGGACUCACGCUGCUUCAGCGUGCCGGCAUCCAGCGCGGUGACGCUUUCGUGCUCGUGCUGGACAACGACCGAACGAGUGUGGCCUGUAUGCUGGCAGCCAUGCACCUGCAGUGCGUUUGUGCGAUUGUGGGCAAGAGCCGCGUGGCGCUGUUGGAACAUGUUAAGACUCAAACGGGCAUCACAAAAGUGCUCACAGUGGACAACUUGACCGAGUCCGUGAGCGUCCAAAACGACACCAACCCACAGGCUGCGACGAUCAUGAUCCCGUGGCUCCAAGAGAGUGAGAUUGCCAAGAGUGGUUGCGUCUGCUUACUCACAUCUGGCAGCGUGGGCGAGCCCAAGGUCGUGCCUUGCACUUGGGAGAACAUGCUGCUGCAAGGCGAGUCCACACAUCAGCAACUAUUCCCCAAACAUCCAGCACGCAUCAUCUGUGGGACGUCCAUCUCUCACGCCUUCUCUAUUAACACCAUCUUCGCAUUGUACACGUCUCCGUACGACGCGCAGUCGGAACUCUGCUUCGCCUCUAGCGCUGUGGGACUCUAUACGCUGCUCACGCAGCGCAGUGAUCUUCUCACGGCGCUCUACGCAACGCCUGGAACAUACACCGCACUCGCCGCGAUGCCGCCGACUGCGCUGUAUGCCGACGUUCCGUAUUGCGCUGGCACACGCCUCUCUCUUACUUUGUUUCACAGAAUGCGCGACGACUAUGGAUUACACUUGAUGCAGAACUACGGCUCGACAGAGAUGGGAGAUAUGGCAGCUUGGUAUCUGCAUGGAAAAAGGUUUGACGAAGAGUUGAAAGAGAUGGAAAGUAACGAAAAGCAGCUGUAUGUUGGCAGCGUUUGGCCUGGCGUGGAGACUCGAACGAAGGACAACGGUGAGGUCACAAUGAAAACCCCGUGGCAGUCUCUUGGGUAUGUCAAAGAGUGUGUGCUGCACCGUUUAAACGGUGCGCACCAUACAUCUGACCGUGGGAUCAUUACGCAAGACAAACACGGAGUUGAUUGUGUGUGGCUUCAGGGUCGGCUUCGCCCAACAGUCGAGAUCGAGUGGCAGGACCAGCGCACAACAUACUCGCCUAAUGAGAUCGAGGGGAUACUUGUUGCGCACCCUCAUGUGACAGAUGCUCUCGUUCUGAUCCAAAGUGAGGUGAACCGCAAACAAGGUAUCAUCCGAGCCCGUGUUGUCCUGGAAGACGGCGCUGCUUUUGAUACAUCGGAUUUGAACCAAUGGUGCGCUGAGCACGACUUACCGGCUCUGCGAGACUCUCUGGUUAUCGAGUUGGCAACGUUUUUGCCUUGCAGCCCAGCCGGAAAACUCAUGUACACCUGAUCAACUGUAUUGCAAAGCACUGUAACAUGCCCACACUGCCAAGCCAAUAAACCAAAGUGGAUCUGAAUUAUGAAGAACGAUGACAGGCAUGGGUGGCAUGUCAAACACGCGAUUGGUGCAAACCUCCGUCGAGCUUCAUCCUUUCAAAACCAUCGUGAAUAGAUGAGCAUAGAAGACCAGCAGUUGGCCACGAGAAGACAAACAUAAGCGAUUGAGUAUUGUACUGUAUGCGGCAAAAAAUUGCUCAUUCGAUCAGCUGGUAGUUUUGAGUAGCUGGCGGCAAAUUAGUAUAGCGAGGAAAUGUCUUCACUAACACCACGAUCAGCUUUUUUUUUUCUCGUAGAAUGCUGUACCAACUUGCCAUGUAAAACAAUUAUUCCUGAUGCACAA